AUGGUUGACGUGGAGGAGAGAAUUCACUGCUCGUUCGUGAUGGGCAAGUCAAGAUUGGCACCGCUGAAAUCAGUUACAAUCCCGCGGUUGGAAUUGUUGGCGGCCGUGGUGGCAGCGAAGUUGGACAAGACGAUUAAGAAAGAAAUCGAUAUUCCAAUCAAAGAUUCGUUCUUUUGGACGGACAGUACCUGUGUACUCAGCUAUAUUUUGAACGAAGAAAAGAGGUUCAAUACCUUCGUUGCAAAUCACGUUUCUGCAAUUCACAACGUAUCGUCACCAUCUCAAUGGAAUCAUGUUGAUACUAAAUCCAACCCUGCUGACGACGCAUCGAGAGGCCUAGAGAUAGAAGAUCUGCUCAAGAAUAAACUUUGGCUCGAAGGACCAGAGUUCUUAGGCAAGACAAAAGACUACUGGCCAAAACUGAAACAAGCGGAAGUCCUCGAAGUUAAGGAAGGUGACCCAGAAGUAAAGAAGUGCAAAUCGUUUGCCGUCACCACUGAACCCAACGUUAAUCGAAGCCUGGACGAAAUGUUCACCAGAUUUUCCUCGUGA